UGCCUUGUAGCAUUGCACCAUAUCAUCACUAAGGGGGCAGGGGAAGCAUUUAAGAGAAAGCAGCAAUGAGGCUCUCAGGUCCAGCCCUUUGCCUCCUGUCAUUUCUUCUUAUCUCUCUAUUGCUUAGUCCCACCUUUGCUAUUGAAAGGUCAUACAUAGUGUAUUUGGGAGCACACUCACAUGGCCCAGAACCCUCUUCUGAUGAUCUGGAUCAAGUUACUGAGUCUCAUUAUGAGUUUCUUGGAUCAUUCCUGGGAAGUCGUGAUAAUGCCAAAGAAGCCAUUAUUUACUCAUACACAAGACACAUCAAUGGCUUUGCUGCAACUCUCCAGGACCAUGAAGCUGCCCAGAUAGCCAACCAUCCCAAAGUAGUCUCAGUUUUCUUGAACAAGGGAAGGAAACUACACACAACAAGAUCAUGGCACUUUCUGGGUCUGGAGAAUGAUGGCAUAAUUCCUUCCAAUUCUAUCUGGAAGAAGGCGAGAUUCGGCCAAGAUACCAUCAUAGGAAACCUCGACACCGGUGUCUGGCCUGAAUCAGCGAGUUUUAGUGAUGAAGGAAUGGGACCAAUUCCAUCAAGAUGGAGAGGAAUCUGCCAAAAUGACAAAGAUGCUGGAUUUCACUGCAAUAGGAAGCUGAUUGGGGCAAGAUACUUCCACCAAGGAUAUGCUGCCGCCGUAGGCUCACUCAACUCUUCCUUCCAUACCCCACGCGACACUGAGGGUCAUGGGUCUCACACCUUAUCAACAGCAGGUGGUAACUUUGUAGAGGGGGCUAGUGUUUUUGGCUUUGGCAAUGGAACAGCGAAAGGUGGGUCGCCUAAAGCACGGGUGGCAGCUUACAAGGUGUGUUGGCCACCGGUGGGUGGCAAUGAGUGCUUUGAUGCAGAUAUACUGGCAGCGUUUGAUAUAGCCAUCCAUGAUGGAGUUGAUGUGCUAUCUGCUUCACUAGGAGGAUUACCCACACCCUUUUUCAACGAUAGUCUUUCUAUAGGUUCCUUCCAUGCAGUUAAGCAUGGUAUUGUGGUGGUUUGCUCAGCUGGCAAUUCUGGACCCGCUGAUGGUACUGUUUCAAACAUUUCACCAUGGCAGUUCACCGUUGGAGCCAGCACCAUGGAUCGCCAGUUCCCUAGUUAUCUUGUCCUUGGAAACAAGAAACGCUUAGAGGGAGGAAGUCUUUCACCUAAAGCCUUGCCACCCAACAAGUUCUUUCCACUUAUCAGUGCUGCAGAUGCCAAAGCAGCUAAUGCAUCAGCUGAUGACGCUUUGCUUUGUAAGGCUGGGACACUUGAUCAUAGCAAGGUGAAGGGAAAGAUCUUGGUGUGCCUUCGAGGGGAGAAUGCAAGGGUGGACAAGGGCCAGCAAGCUGCUCUGGCUGGUGCUGUGGGGAUGGUUCUUGCCAACAAUGAGCUUACUGGGAAUGAAGUUAUAGCUGAUCCCCAUGUCCUCCCUGCUUCGCAUAUCAACUUCACUGAUGGGGUUGCUGUCUUCACCUACCUCAAUUCGACUAAGUCUCCCAUUGCUUAUAUUACACCUUCAACAACUGAGUUGGGCACUAAGCCAGCACCCUUCAUGGCAGCUUUUUCAUCAAAGGGACCUAACACCAUUACACCAGAGAUCCUUAAGCCAGAUAUAACCGCACCUGGAGUAAGUGUAAUAGCUGCAUACACUGAAGCACAAGGGCCAACUAAUCAAGAUUUUGAUAAACGGAGAGUUCUAUUUAACUCGGUAUCAGGCACUUCAAUGUCGUGCCCUCAUGUUUCUGGCAUUGUUGGCCUUCUUAAAACCCUCCACCCGGAUUGGAGUCCUGCUGCUAUUAGAUCAGCAAUGAUGACCACCGCAAGAACAAUGGACAAUUCUAUGGAAGCAAUACUCAAUGCAUCCUAUUUCAAGGCAACACCAUUCAGCUAUGGAGCAGGACAUGUUCGGCCAAACCGUGCUAUGAAUCCAGGGUUGGUUUAUGACUUAAAUGUUAAUGACUACCUCAACUUUCUAUGUGCCUUGGGGUAUAACCAAACCCUGAUCAAAAUGUUCUCAGAGAGGCCCUAUACAUGCCCCAAGCCAAUCAGUCUCACCAACUUCAAUUACCCUUCAAUCACAGUCCCUAAGCUCCAUGGCUCUAUCACUGUGACUCGAACUCUUAAGAAUGUUGGUCCUCCCGGAACCUACAAAGCACGCAUCCGGAAACCCACUGGAAUCUCAGUUUCAGUCAAGCCAGACAGCUUAAAAUUCAAUAAGAUCGGGGAAGAGAAGACCUUCAGUCUUACUCUCCAGGCUGAAAGAGCCGGUGCAGCAAGGGACUAUGUAUUUGGAGAGUUGAUAUGGUCAGAUGCUAAGCAUUUUGUGAGAAGUCCUAUUGUGGUGAAGGCAGCCUAGCUACCUAGGUACACUUAAGCAACAUAAUUUAUUUACUUAUUGGAUCAGUUAAGCUUUUAGUAUGGCAUUCUGUU